AUGGCUCCAAAAAGAGUUAUGCUUGCAGUGUUCUUUGUCAUCUACCCUCUAAAAUUCUUCCCAGCAAAAUCAGAAACUUGGGUUAAAGGUCGUUACUGGUAUUCACGCAGCGCGCUCCCGGGUUUACGCAUAAAUUCUGCUCUCUAUACACACCUUCAUUGUGCUUUUGCUGAUGUAAAUUCAUCUUCUUAUGAACUCUCUUUAUCAGAGUCUGAUGAGAGAAAGUUCUCCAGUUUCACAGAUACUGUGAAACAGAAGAACCCAUCAGUCAUGACUCUUCUAUCAACUGGGGGUGGAGAUGCAAGCUAUUCAACUUUUUCUUCAAUGGUGAGUUAUUCAUCUUUCAGAAAAUCUUUCAUUGAUUCUUCAAUGAGAACGGCUGGGCUUUAUGGCUUCCAGGGCCUGGAACUUGGUUGGGCUUCCGCAAACUCUAGCUCUGAUAUGUACAACAUGGGAGUUCUCUUUAAGAGUGGCGAGCCGCUAUCAAGUUGGAGACAGGAAACUCUUGCCAUGCACAACUUAUAUUGA